CUUGACGUGUCCCGCAAUCCUCUUGGAGAGCUGCCGUCGGCGCUGUCGCUGCUGACCCGGCUUACGAAGUUGGUGGCGGCGGGCAACUGGCUGGCGGCACUGCCCCUGGAGCUCAUUGCGCUGUCCCAGCUGAGGCAUCUGGACGUCAGCGCGAAUAGGUUGGAGCAGCUCCCCGAGGGUUUAUCGCGACUGAGUCAGCUGGAGCUGCUGCGAGCCCAGUCCAACGCCCUCGACACGCUGCCCCCUUCCUGGACCCAACUCACCACCCUGGAGCGCCUCGACCUCUCCCUCAACGCCCUCACCCACCUGCCCCCGGGGCUGUCGGCACUACAGCGACUGCGCCACCUGGCCGCGCACUCCAACCGCCUGACGGGCUUCCCGGCGGCUGCUGCCGCAGCCCUCGGCGCCAUGACCCAUCUGAAUCUAUCUUUGAACCUGCUGACCAGCCUGCCCGAGGAGCUC